AUGGCACCCGAGAAUAUCCCCAGAGAUCCCGUGUACAACACGCCAAACUCGGGCCUUACGUACACUGACCAACAGGGGGAGGAGGAGAUGCUGCAGCAGUGGCUACCGCCAGGGGAGCGAGGAGGAGCUGCCCCGCCGCCCCGCCGCCCCGCCUCCGCACCCCCGGGCACUUACCAUGCUGGCAGCAGCAGCACCACCACCACGGCCUACCGCUCCCAGCAGCAAACCGCGAGCCCCACCCUCCGACUGGACCUCCGGGGGAUUACACUGGCUGAUAACAUGGUCACCUCGACGGGUCGGCCCAGCUACACGAUGGCGGCUCUGGUGGAGGCGGAUCUGGAAUCCGGGGUUCCCCUGGAGGAUCUGGAGAGACCGGCGACGGAGCGGAAAGGCAGGGCUGCUGUCGUACAGACAUACCCGGUGGCGCCCUCGAUGGUCGGGUACGGCAGCGGUGGUGUACGGCCGUUCCAUCAGGACUACCGCCACUACAAGUACUUUGGCUUUGCCGGCAAGGGCGCGAAAACAAGCUGGGCGCAUAAUCCCAAGUACAGCAAGCUGUACGCGGACCUCUUGACUUCUGGCGGCCGCGAUUCCACGGCUCCGGGUAUGGCCCAGAACGGCGCUCCGACAGACCCCCUUCAGGAGGAGUUGGGUGGCCCUCGGAGGCCGCUAACCGCCACAGAGCGCAAGCUGGUCAACGAGUUCAAGUGGCAUAAUUACGAAGCGGAGGGAAUUCCCUCCGACCCCAAUGUUACUCGCCUGCUGGCUCACGUGGCGGCGGGGGUUCAACCCACACCCCGCACCCUCCGGCACCUGAAACUGCACCCGCAAAAGCAGCAGCAGCAGCAGCAACUACAGAGGCGGCGGCGGGAGGCGGCUACAGCAGAGCGGCAACGGCAGCAGCUGAACCGGAUAGACCCGGAGAUCAUAGAGCCGUAUCGUGCCCUGGUGGACCUUGAGCGACGCCAGGCGCUGCCCGCCGACGCCAACAGUACGGCAGGAAAAAGUUACGGCACCCGUGUGAUGACGUACCGUCAGAUGGCCUCGCCGUACGCUGCGGAGAUCAACCGCUCUCCCAACCACGGGUCCCAAUCCCCUUGGCACCAGCGCUACGCGCAUUACAAAUACUCGGGCUUUGCGGGGAAGGGGGCGAGCUCUAGUUGGGCGCGUAAUCCGAAAUACGCAUACAUGUACGACUGA